AUGUUGUUCCACUGGCUUCGAAGCGUGUGCCUGCUAGCACUCAUCCCCUUCGCUCACACUGCCGCAAUCGCACAACCGGUUAAGCGAGCUAUUGCCCCAGGCAAUGAUCCCUUCUACCAGCCUCCAGCCGGCUUCGAAGCUCAAGCACCGGGAACAAUCCUGAAGACUCGCACAGUCAUCUCUUCCUUCCUAGGCCUGGUCCCAACAGGCGUUCAGACCUACCAGCUCCUCUACCGCACCACAUCCAUCAACGGCACCGCAUACGCCGCAGUUACCACCGUAUUCAAGCCUCUGGGAGCAAAGAAGGACCGCUUCGUCUCUUUCCACACUGCAUACGACUCCAGCGCCACCAUCUGCAACCCAAGCUACAACUACCAGCUCGGCGUCGCCCAGGAAGACCUUAUCUCCUCCAUUGAACUCCUCCUGCUCGAAGGUUUCCUCCUCUCCGGCUUAAUCGUCUCUUCCCCCGACUACGAAGGUUCCGAUGCCGCAUUCGGCGCAGGCCGCCUGGCUGGCGUGGCCACUCUCGACAGCAUGCGUGCCGUAACAGCUUUCAAGGAUCUCGGCUUCACCACUACAACUCCUUCCAUCGUCGGCUACGGCUACUCGGGAGGCUCCAUCGCCACCGGCUGGGGCGCUCAGUUCCAAUCGUCCUACGCUCCCGAGCUGAACAUCAAGGGUUGGGCCCUCGGCGGCACAGUCGCGAACCUCACCGGCACAGCCCUUUACAUUGACAACACGGCUUUCAGCGGGUUCCUCCCAACUGCAAUCGACGGUCUUAGUAAGCCGAACGCAUAUGCGGCAUCGCUACAGCCGGUGAUAGACUCCAUCGUUACACCGUAUGGCCAGUCGAAGCUCGACUUCGCCAAUGAGAACUGUGCACCCGCGGACCUGCUCAGUUUCCCCGAGAUGUCGGUGCUGAGCACAGACUUCCAGACGCUUGGGGAUCAGCUCUACUACGAGCCCACCAUUGCAUCGAUUCUGUCACAGCAGACGAUGGGAACGGCAAAGGACGAAACGCCGGUAGUGCCGCUCUAUGUUUUCCAUGCCUCGGAAGAUGAGAUUAUUUCCUACGCUAAUGCUACGACUUUGGUUGACACCUGGUGCAGCAAUGGUGCUGCCGUGGAUUUUGUCACUUAUGCAAACGGUGGUCAUCUCACCACUGAGAUUCUGGGUUUCGUUGGGGCUUACCAGUUUGUGCAGAGUGCGUUUGAUGGGAAGGUGGCGACGAGUGGGUGCACGAGAUCGACGAGUUUGGAUGAGAAUCUGAACCCUAUUGCGUUGGGUGUCAGCUUGGAGCCGAUUUUGGUGAGGUUGAUUGAUGCGCUGGCGGCGCUUGGCAGGGGUGACAGCAACUUGAGGAGCGACAUUGGGACUUUGAAGCAGACUGUGCCGACUUAG